GGUCAGAGUGGGGCUGGAAACAACUGGGCCAAAGGGUAUUAUACUGAAGGUGCUGAGCUGGUGGACCCGGUGCUGGAUGCUGUGCAUAAGGAGGCUGAGAGCUGUGACUGCCUACAGAGCUUCCAGCUCAUUCACUCCUUGGGUGGGGGCACCGGAUCGGGCAUGGGCUCGCUGCUCAUCAGCAAGAUCCGUGAGGAGUAUCCUGACAACAUGAUGAGCACGUUCAGUGUUGUGCCGUCUCCUAACGUCUCAGACGUUGCGUUGGAGCCCUACAACACCAUUCCAUCUAUUAAACAACUGGUGGAGUACACUCAUGAGAUGUUCUGCAUUGACAAUGAAGCACUUUAUAACAUCUGUUUCCGCACUUUAAAGCUCACAACUCCCACUUAUGGCGAUCUCAACCAUCUUGUUUCUGCCACCAUGAGUGGUGUAACCACCUGCUUCCGUUUUCCUGGGCAGCUCAACGCUGACCUGCGAAAACUGGCUAUCAAUACGGUGCCCUUCCCUCGUCUGCACUUCUUCAUUCCUGGUUUUGCCCCACUCACCAGCAGGAGGAGCCAGCAGUACCUUGCGCUCACUGUGCCUGAACUAACACAACAGAUGUUUGAUGCCAGGAAUAUGAUGGCGGCCUGUGAUCCACUCUAUUGCCGCUACCUGGCUGUGACUGCUAUCUUCCGGGGCCGCAUGUCUAUGAGUGAGGUGGAUGAGCAAAUGCUCAAUGUGCAAAACCCAAACAGCAGAUGUUUUUUGGGAGGGAUCCCUGACAAUGUCAAAACAGCUGUAUGUGACAUCCCACAAAGAGGGUUUACGAUGGCUGCCACCUCGAUUGGCAACAACACAGCCAUCCAGGAGGUGUUCAGACAUAUCUUGGAGCAGUUCAGAGACUUGUUCAGGAGAAGGUACUUCCUGCAUUGGUACAUAGGAGAAGGAGUGAAUGAGACCGAGUUCACUAAGACAGAGAGCACCGUGGAUGACCUUGUGUCUGAGUACCUGCAGUACGAGUAUAUCACAGCUGAAGAGGAGGGCGAGUUUGAGGAAGAGGCAGAAGAGGAAUUGCCAUAAAGAUAUGUUAAUGUUCAUGGUAAUAUUUUCACAAUUUUUGUCUUUCGGGUUCCUUGAUAUAAAUGUAAAGUUCAAUAAUAAUAAAUGUUUAACUUGGGCAACUUGGCUCGUUCUUUGCUUAAAGAUGUAAUCAUCUUUCACAUGUUGAUAUUUUCACAAUUUUUAUGUUUUUCUGUUCCUUG